GUGGCAUUCGUGAAUUCUCGUUUCGGAUUUCCUGUUGUGUGUGUUGUUAUUUGCGAUUUGUUUUUCCUUUAAUUUAACUAUUUUGGCUAUCUAAUAUGUCAUCGAUGUUACCAAAUAGCAGACCCCUUAUUACCAAGUGCAAGAGAACCUGUGCCACAACCUCCUGAGAGGAUCAUACUGCCAAAUUAUUCAAGAGCAGCUGAUACACAUUCACGCUGCAUAUUUAUACAAUAUACAUGUGAUGUAUAAAUAAAAUACAAUAUGAUACAAUUAUGUGAAAAAUAGUCAAAAAAUUAGAAGCAAAACUACAGUUUUUAUUUUAUUCAUGAUUCCUACCUUACCAAGUUUCCUAAUAGAUAGUCUUUAAAAUCGCAUCGAAUAAAAAUGAAUUACUUGUAAUGUUAAUUCAAUUCAUACUAAGUUCAUAAUGUUGACCUAUGUUUAAUUUAAUAUUAAACAUAACCUCAAAAAAUAUUAAGUUUUCCUGAUAAUUUAAGUUCUCAGAAGUGUUCGUCAAUAAUCUUUGUUUUUAUAGUCAUUUAUUUGCAAUUUCGAACCUACAAAAUAAUAUUUCAUGAUUGUUGGAUCUUAGGCUAGCAAUGUAUGGACGCAGAACAAUGUCCUUUUCAGCCAUUCUGCAUUAAAUAUUACUAAGUACAAUAUUUAUACAUUGCAAGGGCAGUCGCUCAUACAAAAUUUUACCAUGUCCCUAGGUUCACAUACAGUUUAUUACUACAAUAUUAAUAUAUACAAUUAACCCGGAAAAGUGUCAAGUUGCCAAAGGAAUUUUCAAAAAAUUUAAGUUAACGCGGAUGAAGUCGCUGCUAGUUGUUUAAUCACACUAAUAUUUUAAAGGCGAAAGUGUGUGAAUGCGUAUGUUUGUCACUUCUUCGCGUCUAAAAGGCUUGACGAAUUUAUGAAUAAUGAAAUUUGACACAUAAUAUAGGUUAUUACCUGAAUUAAGACAAAAUAGGAUACUUUUUAUCCCCACAAAUAAAUUUAGGUUCCUGAGGAAUAUCGAAAAAACUUAAGUUAACUCGAAUGAGUUCGCGGGCGGCCGCUAGUAUUACAUAAACCUAUGAUUUUAUUUGUAAAAAUAACAAAUAUUCAUAUUUCUUCAAAUAUAUUAUUGUUUACUAUAUAUUUUAAUAAUAUGAGCUUUUUGGUAAGAAGAAAAUAUACAGUCAUCAACACCAAUAAAUAUACAAAAAAAUAUCACAUUGAAACCUUGACAUUCGUAUAACUGGUUAUAAAGAUGAAAUAGGCUCGAGGAGAAAUAGGAGGAGAAUUACCGAUACAUUUAAAACAAUAUAAGUUUUAUUCACCAUAGGGGAUUGCUAAUAGAACAUAUUCCUUUUAAUAGUUAUUACUAUUGGUAACUUUGUCUGCGGAGGAAAAUUGGUUUCCCAUACAGACAAACUUCCACCCCUUUUUACUCUCUUAUAUUAUGAUUUCUGGGAUGAAAAGUAUUAUAUGUCCUUCCCGGAUGAAAUUUGGCAUUUUCAUGUAAAUCGAUUUAGCUGUUUAAGCAUGAAAAGGUAAUGGACAAACGGACAGCAAAAGCUGAAAACAUUUUAAAAUGCAAAAUAAACAUUCGCAAAUUGCACACAAAAAAACGUUUGAGUAUGAACUUUGGUAUUCAGUUGUAUUAUAUUCAUGGAUGCACCUACAUAAAAUCAUCUUUGAGCGGAGAUAAAUAUUAAUUAGGAGAAACAAGUUUUGAAUCGCUAGAUUUACAUAUUUCAAAACUACACCGCAGUCUUUAUAUCUCCGUGUGUAGUUAGUAUACCAACAUAUACACAUUCUUUCUGCUGAUUUAGUGAAAAUAUGAAAUAUAGUUAAAAUGAAGGAUAAAAUGGAAGUUGAAACGAAAAUUAGUGUUUCUAAAGUGAAUGGCGAUAUGGACGAUAAAAAUGUAAAAGUGUCACCCAAGGAAUCAUUUUCAUUAUGGAAACUAAUAAAAAAAAUCUUAACUUUCUUUACAGUAGAACCGUAUUUACUGUGCUAUAUCUUCUCAUCUACAUUAUGUAACAAAGCAUUGCAGGAUUACCAUAGGGAUAAAGUUUUUCAGAUCAAAUUGGACUAUAUACUUUCCAAUCCAGUGGAUGAGGAGACGAGCUUUAAUAUCACGUUUGAAGCUUUAGAUGAUAUGAAUAAACGUGUGACUGAUAUGUAUGCAUGGCUGGGUCCUCUUAAUAUUGGAUUACAAGCUAUAUUUAUAUUAUCAGUUGGUGCCUGGAGUGACAGAACCGGAAACAGAAAGGCGUUAUUACUCAUACCGAUAAUUGGACAAGUCAUGUCAGUAAUCGGCUUGAUGAUAGGAAAUUAUUAUUACUAUGAAAUCCCAUUCUGGGUUAUGGAUUUGUUUGAACAGAUGCCUUCUAUUUUUGCGGGAGGUAUACCAGCCGCUAUCGUGGGAUCACUCAGUUUUAUUGCUGAUGUCACUACUCCGGAAGAACGUACAUUCAGGAUCGGUGUUGUUAUGGUGAUAGUAGACCUUGGACUGCUUAUGGAUUUACGAAUUAGUGCAAUCUUGACAAAAGCGGUCUCAUACUAUGAAAUAUUUGGUAUAGCAAUCCUAAUGUACUUAGUUGGACUUAUUUAUGCAAUAUUCCGUAUUCAUGACGUGAGAAGAACCAAAGUCGAAAGAAAAUUUUACAAGAAAUUAACACAAUUUUUCCAUCCCAAAAAUAUUUGGGAUACGAUUUCUUUGAUAUUUCUCACCCGCGGUAGGAUGUUGGCACAAAUAAUUCUUGUUAUUGGAGCUGCUAUAGUUUUACAGGUAGCAUUGUAUGGCGCAGGAACAUUGCUUUACAGAUAUGCAAAAGACAGAUAUGGCAUGGAACCCAAGGAGUUCAUUUUCUUUAGUACUUAUUCGAUUAUCGUGUCAGAUGUUGGAAGUGCUAUAGCUCUUAUUAUAUUUAGCAAAUGGAUGUCAAUGCACGACUGUGUGUUGGGGAUGAUUGGGACAACGAGUGGAAUAUUAACUUUUAUUGUAUACGGGCUCGCUCCAAACAUAGAUUUGUUCUAUAAUGGUCCCGUGUUUGAUCUCUUCACAAGUACAGGAGGUAUGGUAAUUAGAUCUCUGGGCACAAAAAUCGUUGAUCCGGAUAAAGUCGGUACAAUGUGCUCAUUGAUUCAUUUCGUGUACACCGUUUACCCAAUUAUAUCCAAACCUAUGUUCGAAAAGAUUUUUAAUGCUACUUUUGAUACUUUCCCGGGCACAAUAUAUAUACUUGGAGCAGUGAUGACUGUUCCAGCUUACUUCAUAUUUGCGAUAUUAUACUAUUUACUUAGGAAGCAACAGCGAGAUGUUGUACAGAAUCCAAACACGAAAGAGAUGCAUGCGUAUGAAAAUGAAGUGACGGUUUUAUAGUUAAUUAAAGUCAGUAAUAUGGUAUCGAUUCUGGCAUGAUUCUCUAAACCUAAACUUAAAUUUGGCAACAGAGUAUCCUUGUCAUUCUCUAUACAGAAUGAAAAGGAGAGACUAAUGUUAAAUUUAGUUUUCAGUUAAGAGAAUCACGCCAGAAUCGACAUCACUAUCUCGUUGUAGUUAAUUUACUUCUUGGAUCCUUUUUUACAAUAUACAGAUUGGUGAUUGGUAAUAGUUUCCAAAUAAUUAAAAUAUGUACUUAUCAAUAAAAUUCAAUUCAAA